AUGGGCAAGACCAUUCCCCGGUGCCUGCAGCAACUGGACCUCCGCAAAAGCGUUGUGGGCCUAGCUACAGGCGCCGGGGCCAUUUACCUGCUCUACAAGGCCAUCAGGGCUGGCAUAAAAUGUCAGCCGCCCCUCUGCUCCAACUCACCCAUCUGCAUCGCCCGUGAGUGUCCGGUCCCUGGGGAGAGGGCUCUGCCCCCGGAGACACCUGCUCCUAAGGCCUCCCCUGAGGGAAGGCCCAAAGGCCUGGCCAUCGAGAGAGAGCGCCACGGGCGGGACUCGGGAGAGAUCCGAAGACUCCUCAACUCGCUGGAGUGCAAACAGGAUGAGUAUGCCAAGAGCAUGAUCCUCCACAGCAUCACCCGGUGUGUGUAUCUGCUGGAGGCUGAGGCCUCGGCUUGUACGACCGAUGACAUCAGCCUGGUGGGGGAGAUGCUGGAUGACAAGGACAACAGCGUCAAAAUCCAAGCCCUGAAUGCUCUUAAAGCUUUCUCUGGAAUCAGAAAGUUCAGGCUCAAAAUCCAGGAACAUUCCAUCAAGGUGCUGGAGCUGAUCUCGACCAUCUGGGACACGGAGCUGCAUGUAGCUGGCCUUCGCCUCCUCAACAACCUCCCGCUCCCUGACUAUGUGCACCCACAGCUGCGGCGGGUGAUGCCUGCCCUGAUGGAGAUCAUGCAGUCGGACUAUGUCCUGGCACAGGUACAAGCUGUCCGCCUGCUGAGUUACCUGGCGCAGAAAAAUGACCUUCUCUAUGACAUUCUCAACUGUCAGGUGCACUCCAACUUCCUGAACCUCUUCCAGUCCUCACAGCCAGGGAGUCUGCUGUUCGAGGUGCUGGUGUUUGCUGAGCGGCUGAGUGAGGGCCGGAACUCAGGCCACUACCGAGCAGUGAAGUGGCAUUACAACGAGCAGUCCCUUCAUGAAGCCCUCUUUGGGGAUGAGUCCAGACUGGCCGACCGACUGCUCUCCCUGGUCAUCCACCCCGAGGAGGAAGUCCAGAUCCAGGCCUGCAAAGUCAUAGUCAGCUUGCAGUGUCCCCAGGACUUGGGAUCCCGACCCUCAGCCUGCCGUCCCAGCCAUUCCUACUUUAAAAACGGGGAGUAA